GGGCGCAGCGCGGAUCCGUGCGCGGGGUUGCUAAGGGUGAAAGUUUGCCGUGAGUUGGCUCACUUGGGGCCAGGGCGCGGGCGGCUCCGGGCCGAGGCGAGGCCAGGCCGGCGGCGGGCGCAGGGCAGCGGUACCCGCACCUCACCUCCCGGCCGUCCCCCGGCACCCCUCCGGGCCCCAGCCCCGCGGAGGAAGGACCCCGCCCCGCGGAGGGAACCGCAGGACAGCGCCGGGCAGGGAGAAGGCGAGGGACGGGGCAGGGACCCGCACGCAGCGCCCGGAGCCGAGGACGAAGUCUGCUUGGAGCCAAAUCUCGUCUAUGUGUGUGUGUCACCUUGUCUCUUUCAAUACGCUGCCCUGACUUGCUUGCUGCGAAGGGAGUAUGCAUCUGGAGAUUAAAGUUGCUCUUAACUUCAUCAUCUCAUACCUGUACAACAAGCUGCCUCGGAGGCGGGCGGACCUGUUCGGUGAGGAGCUAGAGCGCCUGCUGAAGAAGAAAUAUGAGGGUCACUGGUACCCGGAGAAGCCUCUGAAGGGAUCGGGCUACCGCUGCGUCCACAUCGGGGAGACGGUGGACCCGGUGGUGGAGCUGGCGGCCAAGCGCAGCGGGCUGGCGGUGGAGGAUGUGCGCGCCAACGUGCCGGAGGAGCUGAGCGUCUGGAUCGAUCCUUUCGAGGUGUCCUACCAGAUCGGCGAGAAGGGCUCCGUCAAGGUCCUCUACCUGGACGACAGCGAGGGCUGCCAAGCCGCGGAGCUGGACAAAGAAAUCAAGAGCAGCUUCAACCCCGACGCCCAGGUGUUCGUCCCCAUCGGCAGCCAGGACAACUCGCUGUCCAACUCGCCGUCCCCCUCCUUCGGCCAGUCGCCCAGCCCCACCUUCAUCCCGCGCUCUGCCCAGCCCAUCACCUUCACCACUGCCACGUUCGCCGCCACCAAGUUCGGCUCGACCAAGAUGAAGAAGGGCGGAGGAGCCGGAGGAGGGGGCGGCGGAGCGGGGGCCGCGCCGCAGCCAAGGAUGGUCCGGUCUCCCACCACCAACCUGCUGAAGCACAAGGGCCUCUCCCUGUCCAUGCACUCUCUGAACUUCGUCGGGAGCGCUGGGAGCCAAGCCCCGCAGUCGCAGCUCUCCCCCAACGCCAAGGAGUUCGUUUACAGCGGCGGCUCGCCGGGAGCCGGCGGCCUCUUCUUCGACGGCGCUGCCGGCGAGAGCCAGGCCAGCAGCGUCCCGCCGGCCUCGCAGUUCGGCGCCGGCACGGGCGGCACCUUCGACAUGGCUCAGGUCUUCGGUGGCAGCACCAACAGCCUCUUCUUGGAGAAGUCUCCCUUCGUGGAAGGACUCAGCUACAACCUGAACGCCAUGCAGUACCCCAGCCAGUCUUUCCAGCCCGUCGUCCUGGCCAACUGAACACGAGGAAGGAGAGUAUUUGGGGCGGGGGCGGGAGGGGGGAGACAACAACAACAACACACACACACAAAAUAAAAAGAGGGAGAGAAAAGAAAACUAGAAAUAUACAGAAAAUAUUCAAAUCUUAUAAAUAUAGCUUCUUGGAAAAUGAGAGAGCCCGGUGUUGUUGCGCUGUGCUGGCGGCGCUCCUGAAGCACUGACUUGUUUUUUAACUCGGUCCCUGUGCUUUUUUCCUACUCCACUUUUUUUACUCCUCAGACGAGCCUAGGGUUGUUCGGUUCCCGUCCCCCGGUGUCGAUGGAGGGGCGCGCUCUCGCCGCGGGCGGGCGGGCUCUGCUUUGCCCUUAGGGCUCCGCGUGUGGACGGAGAGCCCCGGCUGUGCCCGCGGGCUCGGGGCAUCGCGCUGGCGUUGCCGCGGGCUCGCCGGGCUGGGGCUGCGCGCUGGAAGCAGCGGGUGGCAGCCCCGCGGUACGCAAACACCGCCCGCCCGCCCCGGGGGCGGUGCUGAGCCUUCGGUGCCAGGUCCGGGUUCUCGUUGCCAGCUGUGAAUUUUGUCUCUUUUAUCUCGGAGAGGGGGUUCCUUUCUUUUCAGUUCGAGAGGCGGCGCUGGUGGGGAAGAGGAAGGGCUACGUUGUUGAAGCUGCUGUCUUGAGUGGUGGUGUAAGGGUCCGCAGGUCGCUUCUGCGCCAGGGUCCCCGCAGCCCCCCGGCACGGGGAGCGCCUCUACGUGCCCAGUGGGGCUGGGGGACCUCCGGGCGGGACGGAGGCCUCCCCGGAGGCUGUGGCGGGAGUACGGAAGAGGGCAAAGAG